GGCGGGGCCGGGGGCCGGGAGGGACUUCAGAUCCGCUGGCGUGUCCUGCUCGGUAGCGGCCCGAGUUCCGGAUUUAGGAAGCUGGGGGCGAAAGCGGGCUCGAUGGUCUUGUACCCGGUGAUUCGGCAGCUGCUGGAGAGGCGCGUGGUGCUGGCCAGCGCCUCCCCGCGCCGCCAGGAUAUCCUGACCAAUGCGGGUCUGCGGUUCGAGGUGGUUCCUUCCAGGUUCAAGGAGACGCUCAGGAAAGCCGCGUUCCCCACCGCUUAUGCAUAUGCCAUGGAAACAGCCAAGCAGAAGGCCCUGGAGGUGGCCGCACGGAUGCACCAGAAAGACCUGCGGACGCCCGACAUCGUCAUUGGCGCGGACACUGUCGUGGUGGCCGAGGGGGAGAUCCUGGAGAAGCCGGUGGACAAGCCGGACGCCUACCGCAUGCUGUCCAGGCUGAACGGGAAGGAACACAGCGUGUUCACGGGCGUGGCCAUCGUCCGCUGCUCCUGCAAAGACGGCCGGCUGGACGCUGACGUCUCGGAGUUCCACGAGGAGACGCGGGUGCGGUUCUCGCAGCUGUCGGAGGAGCUGCUGUGGGAGUACAUCCACAGCGGGGAGCCCCUGGACAAAGCCGGAGGGUACGGCAUCCAGGCCCUGGGCGCGAUGCUGGUGGAGCACAUCCACGGGGACUUCUUCAACGUCGUGGGCUUCCCUCUCAACCGCUUCUGCAAGGAGCUGGCCAAGCUGUACUGCCCGCCACGCCCUGAGGACGUGCAGCGGGUCAAGCACGACUCCAUCCCCUCUGUGGACACCUUUGAGAACCUCAGCGACGUGGAGAGCGACGGGUCCAGCCAGUGUGGCGCUCGGGUGGGCGGCGGCCCACCACAGCCUCCGGGCAUGAAGAACACAAAGGACAGAGAUCCUAACCCCACGGUGGAGAGCCUGCCGCCGAUGGGCCUUCUGCAACUGAUAAAUGGCUUCAAAGCCUCCAAGGCCCUGUUCACGGCCUGCAAGAUGAAGGUGUUCGAUUCACUCAGAGACGAAGCCCCCCUGAGUGCCUUGGAAAUUGCCAGGAAGAUCGAUGCCUCUGAGCACGGCACUGGACAGCUGCUGGAUGUCUGCGCGGCCUUUGGCUUACUGGAGAAGACGGAGAGAGGUUACAGCAACACGGACCUGGCCAGCCUGUACCUGCUGUCGGACGGCGAGUACUCCCUCCAUGGCUUCAUCAUGCGAAACAACGACCUCGUCUGGCCCCUCUUCUCCCACCUGGAGUUCGCCAUGCGUGAGGGAACCCAUCAGCUCCACAGGGUUCUCGGGACGAUGGGGAAACAUUUGUUUCAGGACUUCCACUACGGGAGCCAGGAAAAGCGGCAGCAGUUCAUGGCGGCCAUGCACAGCCUCAUCAACGUGGCAGCUCGCCAGGUGGCCACGGCCUUCGACCUGUCCCAGUUCACCUCCGCCUGCGACCUGGGAGGCUGCACGGGUACCCUGGCCCACGAGCUCGCCCGGCAGUACCCGGGUCUGAAGGUGACCGUGUUUGACCUCCCGGACGUCAUCAAGGAUGCCAAGUGUUUUCAACCCGAUGGACCAGAGACAGCGCGGGUCAGCUUCGUGCCGGGCGACUUUUUCCGCGACACCUACCCGGAGGCCGACCUCUACAUUGUUUGCCGAGUCCUCCACGAUUGGCCUGACAACCAGGUGCACCAGUUGCUGAGCCGCAUCUCAAGCAGCUGCAAACCAGGUGGCGGUCUCCUGGUGGUGGAAAUGCUGCUGGACGAGGAGAAGCGCGAAAAUCAGGGGGCCCUGCUGCAGUCGCUGAACAUGCUGGUGCAGACCAUGGGCCGGGAGCGCAGCCUGGGCGAGUACCGGCACCUGCUGGAGAUGCACGGCUUCACCGACGUGCGUGCCGUGUACACCGGGAGCGCCGUGGACGUGGUCCUGGCCACCAGAGCCUGACGGCCGCGAGCGUGACGGGCACGGGGACGUGCUGUCAGGAGGCCCCAGCCCGCAGUCUCCCCGGGGGCAGGGUAUCGCCCAGGGGGCGCUUGUGAAACCUGACCGAGGGGCCAGGGUCCCCCCGUACCAGCUGCUGUGCCUUCACGGCUGUUGGAAACUCUCUUGGUGAGAAAUGAAAAUGGGGAAAGACAAAAAAAA